UCUAAAGUUUAACAAAGCAAAUAAAAAAAAAAAAGUGGGAGAGGUAAGAAAAUAAGAUAAAAGUAAAGUCUUGGUGAAAAAUGAAGAGGACAGGUCGAUCAUUUGGUGGGAAAUUGAUGAUGGAGGUGAUUAUGGUAUUGGUGGUGUUUGUGGGUGUUUGGGAGAUGAGAAUUCCAACGGUAAAUGGGGAUACUAGUCCAAGCCAGUGUAAGCAAGAGAAAGAUCUUCUGGUGCAAAAAUGCAAAGCUGUGAUAUUUGGUAGUAAUCCAUCUCCAAGCUGUUGUCAGCGAGUUAGGGUUACUCAUGUGGAGUGUGUUUGCCCUCUGGUAACCCCAAAGAUUGCUAAUCUUAUCAAUGUCCGAAGAACCAUUAAGCAGAUUGAAGGAUGUGGACGUACUGUUCCUCACCACUUCAAGUGCGGCAGUGUGACUACUCCUUGACCAAAAAUAUGUCCCGAAAUAACAUGGAUGGACAUAGCUAGCUAUAGCUGUGCUGUAUAGGAAGAAUAUGUGUGCUUAAAUUAAUUGUUAAAUAAAUGAUCAUGUCUGUCUUGUUGUCUUCGCUUAAGACACACUAUGUUUUUGUUUGUGCGCCUGUUCCUGUUGGAACCUUCUUUGAAGAAAUCAAUUAGAUCACGUAAACUUUAUUGUUAUGAUAUAAUUAACUUUUCCCAUUAAAUUAGUCAGCUUGUAUCUUGCCUGUCUCAAUUAUAUAUACAAA